AUGGUCUCGAAAUGCCGACGGAUCCUCGAAAGGGAGACCAAACUAUUCAUUGAGUCUGAAAGAACUUCGGGACUACCAAGACGACUCGCGCAUUUCCACCCUGACCUCGAAGACGACGACGACUAUUUCGUUGACCGUACUCAGGUUGUUGCAUUGGGCUCGUCGGAUAUUCCUCCGCCUACAAACUUUCAGAAGAAGUUUGCAUUUUGUGAGCCGGAUCCACAGCAGGAUCUAGCUGUGCUUGUAGAAGACGAACAACAAAGCUCCCAGGUUGUACGCUUCCAUCUUCAUUCGCUGACUACCGGACAACCUCAUCCAGUUGCAGAACAUCCUAUCAUUACUGUCAGCUUUGACAUUGAAUUUCUUCGCGUUAACGCCUUGAUGGGUGAAGCAGUAUCAGCCGAUCCAGAAAUAAUGGGGAACUACUUUCUGGUCACUCUCGAAUGGCGAGAAGCCAGUUGUGACAUCUCGGAAACUUUGCUAUGGGACUGGAAGACUGGCAUGCUUCUUGCAAGAAUUCAAGAAAACAAUGCGAUUGAUUGUGCGUUUCUCGACAAGGAGCAUUUCCUUGCAUAUUCAGCUCUUCCCGGGGAUGACCACAAACCCAGUCAUACCGCUCUGCUUGUCUAUCGUAUACCAACAGUCUCCUUGGAUCUAAAAGAAGUACCGCCUAAUGCUGAUUUCCGUCCUACCUCAUACUCCAACUCCAGUCCCGUACUAAUCCUCGAGUUCCCAAAGCUGAAGGCUUCUUGGCGACUUACCGGGCAGCAUCUCGCAUCAAGGUUAGAACCGCUUCCGGGCGAUGUUGUAUAUACCAAAUCGGCGACCUUCCUUUGCUCACGGGUCAACACCCUCUUCUUACAUUUUCGAAUACGGAAUGCGUUAACAUGGGAUUCUUAUGCGUCUAGAUCGCGUGAAGGGGCUUCCGCCAGCUAUCGCAUAUGUGUUAGCACGCACUACCUAUUUAGACAUCUCAAGGAAUGUGGUUUGGAAGAUAUACCCACUCGUAGUAUACCGUGGAGCCAAUGGGGUACGAAAUCAACCCGGUGGUUUAUGGAUGACGAUUCAGUGGAACACAUGGCACCCAACCUUUACGGAUCUCAGUACGUACGAGCAACUACUAUCAAAUCGGGUACAUCUCAGCUCCUCUCAAUUGUGAACUUCAACACACCCACGAUUAUGCGACAGGCAUAUAUUUCCGCAUCCUCAUCUCGAGCUAAACGUACAUCAGCCGAUAAAGCAGAGAAAACAGCGGUUCUAGAAGGCAAGGGGUUAACUGCAGGACGCCUGUUUCAGACACGAAUAAGCUCGGCCAAGAUACCCAUGCCCGACUUCGGAAUGCCCCUAAAUCACGAAAUUUUCACAGAAAUAUUGGGAGGGAUAUGA